AGAAACGUAAUUUCCCAUGAUCCUCUUUUCAACAUGGCUGCCUCCACAAACUAGCAACAUGAGUUUGUUUCUAUGGGAAAUACUUCAGUUAUUAGGGUCCUUAAUAAAACUGCAUCAUAACUGAACCCAGGGAUUAUUCAGUAGUGACUGAAAAUAUUUCUUAGACAAACAAUGAAGUCAAAGUCUUCUUAUCACCGGUCCGCAAACACUUUUCGGUUUCUCACUUUUUCUGAACGACUCGCCAAUGUGAAUAUUGAUAUAAUUCAUCGAAUUGACAGGACAGGAAGCUACUCAGAGGAAGUUGAAACAUAUUUUUUUGAAGGACUGCAGAAAUGGAGAGAGCUGAAUCUCACUGAACAUUUUGUGACUUUUUGCAAGGAGGUAUCUUCCAAAUGCCAGUCCUUCAACCAGCUUGUCUAUCACCAAGGUGCCAUUGUACAGAGUCUGAAAACACAUCUGCAAGUCAAAAACAGCCUUGCUUAUCAACCCCUUUUGGACCUUGUUGUGCAGCUAGCAAGAGAUCUACAGACUGACUUCUACCCACAUUUCCAUGAAUUUCUUGUGAUCAUUAUCUCUCUGUUGGAAACCCAGGAUACAGAGUUGCUGGAAUGGGCAUUUACUUCCCUCUCUUAUCUGUAUAAGUACCUUUGGAGACUAAUGGUGAAGGACAUUGCCCAAGUGUAUAGCUUGUACAGCAGUUUAUUGGCCCAUGGCAAGACACACAUUAGGAAUUUUGCAGCAGAAAGUUUUGCAUUCUUGAUGAGAAAGGUUUCUGACCAGGAUACACUUUUUAAUUUGAUAUUUGCUGACCUGGAGGAACACAAGGAGAAAGCAGAAGGCUUGGGACAGCUACUCUUUGAGAUGUGCAAAGGUGUGAGGAAUACAUUCCACUCCUAUGCCACCACGGCUCUGCCCACAGUUUUACAGAAACUAGGUCCUAUUACAGAGACUGAAGCAGUGCUACCCUGGGAUACUGUGGGUGAGGCUGUAAAACACAUGCUGAAGUCUGCUGUAUCCUACAUUCACAAGGAGAACAUUUUUAUUCUUUGGAGCUGUUUGCAGAAAUCUCUUCUGUUUUUGUGUGAGAAGCUGAAUGAGGGCAACCACAUUGGGUGCUGCCAAGAGAUUGAAAGGCUGUUGCAGGCAUUUCAUAUUUUGAUUGCACAUUCACAAGGGUUGAAGGUUAGCCAUCCAGAUGAAGUUUGUAAGACAGUUGUUAGAGUACUUCAUAACCCUUUGCUGUCAGCACAUUGCCAUGAGACACUUCUGCAGGUGAUGUCUGCUUUGUUACUUGCUGAACAUAUUUCCUUGUCAGAUGCAUUGAUGGAAGAAACCAUCCAGAAGGUUUUCAAAAGCACUUCUGAAAGACAUUUGAUAUUGCGUUUCUCUGAAAUGAUGUUCAACAUGAAAAAGUUUGAGAAGCUUUUCCUUCCUAGUUUACUCCAGUUCUUGGAGCAGUGCUUCGAAAUGGAUGAUGAUGUAGCCAGAAUGGAAGCUUUAAUGAUGUUAGCUAAACUGAUUAUUGUCAAAGCAGAACCUCCCAGUAUAGGAUUUAUGCCUUUUGAGAAGUACCCUUGCCAUUUUACAGGACAUUGUGGAAUGGUUAACAGCAGGAAUGCACAGACUGAAAAACAAAGCCAAGAAGCUCAUUUAACAGUGUUGGAUUACAUAUUAUCUUUAAUUAAAUUCCAGAAGGAAGAAGUUGAUCCAGAUCUGUCUGUGAUAUGGGCUGCUCUUGUUGUCCUUCCUCAUAUUCGACCCAUGGAAAAAGAAAAGGUGCUGCCAUUGGUUACAUUAUUGAUUGAUGCACUACUUGGAGCCAUUGAAGAAGGAAGACUUUCCACAGGAGGAUUGUUUGUGGCACGUCAAGCUGUCAGUACUCUGCUGCAUUUAGAUGAGACCAGCAAUGUCAUAAACUUGUUGCCCGUGGACCGUGUUAAGAACAUAGUGAGACACUUCCCAGCAGAUCCUUCUGCUCUUCUCCUUGCUGAUUUGUUUUACACCAGGCUUGCUUUUUGUGGCUGCAAAGACCAACUAAGACAAGAGUGCCUGAUUGAACUGUUUGACAAGCUGCAGCCAAAUAUUUCAACAAAUGUGUCAAAGGUUCGACUUUUGACAUUGAGGCUUCUUAAUCACUUUGAAGUGGAGCUUUUGAGAACAUCAGAGGAUGAUGAAGUGAUGGGAUCGAAGUCGGUGUUUGAUGUCAUGCUACAAGCUGAAUUAGUAGCCACAACCAUCCAUGACUACAGGGAGAAGCUGCUUCAUCUGAGGAAACUGAGGCAUGAUGUAGUUCAGCCUUUAAUACCUGGGGCACGUUUUGUGGAGGUUCCACUUCGAUAUUUACUUGCAAUGUUGUACAUAAACUUCAGUCAUCUUUGGGAUCCUGUUAUUGAACUUAUUAUAUCAUUUGCAAAUGAAAUGAAUAAUAAAGCAUUCUGGAAUGUGUACUAUGAACAUUUAGAAAAAGCGGCUUGCUUAGCAGAGAAAGAGCUGCGAGAUGAACAAGAGGAGGAGCUGAGCAGUUCUAAUCUAGAAGAUUCAGAAAGAGGCAAAAGAGAUGUGACUACAUUGUACUUUCAACACCUAAAGCUUGCAGUUGAUAUCAGUGAAAGAACCGAUUUCAGCAACUUUAGAUUCCUGUUGUGGAAAGCAAUGGCACAGUUCCCUGAAAGAGUAGAGCCGAGGUCACGGGAGCUGUCCCCCCUUUUUCUGAGAUUUAUUCACAAUGAGUACUACUGCAGUGAUUUAUUGGUAGCGCCAAGCCAGGAUCUAAGAAAGAAAAGUAGUGUAGAGCCAAUGGAAGAUGCAGAAGAAGAUGCAACAAUGAAGGAGGAAGAGGAAGAAUCUGGAAACACUGUAGAAUCAAACAAUCUGAGGAAAAAGAAACCUCGAAGAGCUGCAGCUAAACAGCUAAUCAGCCACUUACAAGUUUUUUCUAAGUUUGCAAACCCAAGAGCGUUGUAUCUUGAACCAAAAUUGAAAGAACUGUACACUCAGCUGCUGUGUCACCAGGACCAUGAAGUACAGAAAGUCGCUUUAGAAUGUAUUAUGUCUUACAAACAUCCACACUUGCUUCCGUAUAAGGAAAACCUGCAGAGGUUGCUGGAUGACAAGCAUUUUAAAGAUGAGAUUGUUCAUUUCAAUAUUUCUGAAGAUGUUGCAGUAGUAAAGAAUCAGCACAGGUCUGAUCUGAUCCCUAUUCUGAUGAGGAUUCUUUAUGGCCGCAUGAGAAGCAGUACUGGCAGCAAAAGUCAGGGCAAGUCUGCAGCAAGAGCACGUCUGUCCAUUGUGUUAAGAUUCCUUGCAGGUUCUCUUCCAGAGGAGCUACGACUGUUCAUCAACUUCAUGUUUGAACCAGUGCAAAAUUUAUGUAGUGGAACAUGCCUGUCUGCUACAUUGAAAGCAACAGAGGAACUAAAUUUAUCAAAUAUCCUUCCACUUGGGCAGCAGCAUGGCAUCCUGAACUGCAUUGAAGUUGUUAUGAAUAAACUGGGGCACUUAAUCAUUCAGUAUCUGCCAGAGAUUUUUCAGAUCCUGGUCUGCAUGGUGGCGUCUGUAAUACAUAUUCUUCAGCAGAGAGAUAAGAUCCAACCAAAAAGUAUCAACCCUCUGAAAAAUUUGAGACGCUUGGGAAUGUCACUUAUUACAGAAUUCUUCACAAAUUUUGAAUCAUUUCCAUUUACAGCUGAACAAACAGAUGCCUUAUUUCAUGCUGUAGUGUGGCCACAGAUCACUAAACUUGCUGUGGAGAGUCAGCAAGCACCUACUCCUCUGCUGAAGUUAAUCCAGGAGUGGAGCAAGAACUCCAGGUAUUUUCCUCUUCUUGCCAAGAAGAAUCCUGAAAAUCCAGAGUAUGAUAUUCUGACAAACGUGUUUGCAUUGCUUUCCACAAAAAGUCUGUCUGUAGUCACAGCUUCCAUUGUGAUGAACAUUGCAGAUAACCUCUUUACUUUUCUUGAUUUUGAGGCUUCUGAGAAUAUUCCGAUCCUUUUAGUAAAUGACUGUGUGUUCCCUGAACUUGUGGUGACUGAUGAAGAACCUGCUAGUGUUGGUACAAGACUUGUUGUGCCUCAUAUUUCAGCCAUUCUUUGCUACCUGAAUAAAGGACUGGGAAAUAAAGAACAGAUGAAGAAUAAAAAAUUCAAAGCCCAAGUUAACAAGGAUCUCAGUAUUCUGUCAAAGAUAAGUAAAUUUGUGCAGGACAAACAACAAAGCACAACUCUUAUUGGCCUCCUGUUGCCCUACCUCCAGAAGUGCAAUAUUACUCAGGAUACUGAGGUCAAUAUCCUAGAAACUGUGCAGAACCUGCUGAAGAGCUGUUUGAAUGCCAGAGAAUUCCUGAAACCACUAUCAAGGCUGUUUUCAGUGACCCAGAAUAAGCUAUCACGUCAGACCCUUUGUAGAGUUUUCCAGACCUUGUCUGAGUUACACCAGGAACUGAAGUACAUCACUGAUGUGGUAAUUCAGAUGAAUGCUUUUGACCAGCGACACCUUGAUGACAUCAACUUUGAUGAGCGUUUGUCAGCUUUCCAAUGUGUUGCCUCGUACAUUAAACAGAUGAAGACUCUGGACACUAAUUAUCUUAUUCCUAUUAUGCAUAACUGCUUCUACUCCAUACAGUUAGGUGAAGUAACUUUAAGCGACAGCUCCAUUGUGUGUUUGACAACUACAAUUAGUCAGCUCUCUGUAAUAGACCAUACAGAGGAGGAAUUUAGAGAACUAAUGCAGCGAACACUACUGAAUGCCCUAAGAAAAGGACUGAAGAGCAAAACUGAGAGUGUUCAGCAAGACUACACAACCCUGCUUUCUUUCCUGAUUCGAACUUUUCCUGAACACGUAGAGUUUCAAGACCUUGUUCAGCUUACUGAUUAUAAUGAUCCAGAAGUGGAUUUCUUUGAAAAUAUGAAGCAUAUUCAGAUCCACAGAAGAGCUCGAGCACUGAAAAAGAUAGCUAAGCAGCUUGUAGAAGGUAAAAUUGUGCUGUCCUCCAAAUCUCUGCAGAACUACAUAAUGCCAUAUGCCAUUACCACAUUGUUUGAUGAAAAAAUGCAGAAGCAUGAGAACAUGAUAACUGCAUCUGUGGAAGUUGUAGGGGCUGCAUGCAGGCAUCUUUGCUGGUCUGCUUACCUUUUCCACCUCAGGUACUUUCUACAUGUUCUGCAGACUUCACAGAUGAACCAGAAGUUGGCUGUCAGUUUGUUGGUGACUGUUCUGGAUAAUUUCCACUUUGACCGUGAAACACUUAGAAAAGAACUUGAAGCAGUUGAAGGAAAAGAUCAUGCGGAUUUAACAGAUGUGGACCAGGAAGCAGAAGAUGAAGUGAUGGAGGUUGAUGACAGUGACACAGAGGAUAACAAAGAAAAGGAAAAUGGCCAGAAUGAUGCAGAGAUGUCUUGUAGUGCAGAAGUUCAGAUAGAGCCUGUGACAAAUGGAGAAAGUUUACCUGUUGCUGCAGUACAAAAAUCCAUCUCUUCUCUACCAACUAACAAAGAGGAGUUGGAGAUGCUGAUUCUACACAUCCAGCAGACCGUGACCAAUAACAUCUUACCGAAGUUGCACAAGAGUCUGAAUGCUAAGGUUAAGAGAGAUGAUGAACACAAGCUUGUAAAAUCCAAGGCUAUCAAUGAUGAUGAAGUGAUCCGCGUUCCCAUUGCUUUUGCAGUGGUGAAAUUAAUGCAGUCCCUGACCAUGGAAGCUAUGGAGUCAAAUCUUCCAAGCAUUCUUUUGAAAGUCUGCUUGCUACUGAGGAACAGGAUUCAAGAAAUAAGAGACAUUGCUCGUAACACCCUUAUUAAAAUAGUUGAGACACUGGGUCCACAUUAUCUGAAGUACAUUUUAAAUGAAAUGCAGUCUGCUCUGGUCAAAGGAUAUCAGGUUCAUGUGUUGACAUUUACUGUUCAUCUCCUGUUGAAAAGUCUCAUUGGAAGAAUGAAGAGUGGAGAUUUGGACUCCUGCUUACAUAUUUUGAUUGGGAUAUUGGAAAGCACAACUAGCCUAAAAGUAUCUCGUAAGGUGCAUGAGACUUUACGACGCAUUGUGUCUGGAUUACUGCUGAAUACUUUGAUGACAAUAGAGUCUAUCCUACUUCUUAGUCAUGGCCUGAUCAGUGAAAGUCUUCCACUGCUGACACAAAAGACAAAAGGUAAAGAAUUAUUAGCUUCACAGAACGUAUCCCAUUUGCAACGUCAGAGCUGUCUUUUACUACCUCCAACUCCAACUCGAGAAGGACAUAAAGCACCUGUUAGUAGCAAGACCAACAUGCACAUCCUCGUUGAUACUGGACUACGGCUGCUGUACAUGAGUUUAAAGAGAUUUAAGGUUGACUCCUCAGACAAGCAUAUUCUAGAAAUGCUGGACCCAUUUGUACAGCUUCUGAUCGACUGUCUACAUUCUGUGCAUGUGAAGGUUAUCACAGGUGCUCUACAGUCCUUUAUCUGGGUGCUGAAGUUUCCUCUUCCUUCGUUGGAGGCCAACAUUGAAAGACUAACAAAACAGUUAUUUUUACUUUUGAAGAAUUAUGCCAAGGCUGGAGCAGGCAAAGGGGAAAACUUCAACCUCGUUGUGAACUGUUUCAAAUCAAUUACUUUGUUGGUCAGGAAUGCAACCUAUCACACAAUCACAGAUAAGCAGUUACAGGUGCUUCUGGGAUAUGCUGAGGAGGAUAUCUAUGAUACAUCAAGACAGGCUACUGCUUUUGGUCUCUUAAAGGCAAUUUUAUCCAGAAAACUAAUAGUUCCAGAAAUGGAUGAUGUCAUGCAGAAAGUGGCCAGGUUUGCAGUAACUGCCCAGAGUGAGCCAGUUAGAGUCCAGUGUCGGCAGAUUUACUUGAAGUUUAUACUGGAUUAUCCUCUUGGUGAAAAACUGAAAUUCCAUCUGGAGUUCAUAAUUUCUCAGCUAAGUUAUGAAUAUGAAACUGGAAGGGAAUCUGCUCUGGAGAUGAUGGCCUACAUAUUUCAGACUUUCCCUCAGGACUUGCUUCAUCAGCACUGUGGCCUUUUCUUUGUUCCUCUUUCACUAAGGAUGGUUAAUGAUGAUUCACCAAAAUGCAAGAAAAUGGCAGCCAUUGCAGUCAAGUCAUUGCUGAGUAAAAUCAACACUGAAAAUAAAGAUAUACUGUUUUCCUUAGUUACUACAUGGUUUAAAAGUGAAAAGAUGUCCCAUCAAAGGCUUGGAGCUGUGGUAUGUGGAUUAUUCGUUGAAGCUGAAGAAGUGACCUUUGAGAGGCGUCUUGACAACAUUUUGCCUUUAGUUGAAAGUGAAAUUAGUCCACUGAAAUUUGAAGAUCUAAAGGAAGAGGAGGAAGAAAAAGCUGCAGAUAGAUUGCUGUUCAGUAUUUUAACCUUAAUUACAAAACUGAUAAAGGAAUGUACAUUUCUACAGCUUUACAGACCUGAAGAGACUUUAACCAGUAUAUGGGAUCACAUUCAGUGCCACUUGUGGUACCCUCACUCUUGGGUAUGGCUCACCGCGUCCCAGAUAUUUGGUUUGUUAUUUGCAUCUCAUAAACCAGAGGAGCUGGUCAGGAAGUGGACUGCUUUGAAAGCUGCAAAUAAAGCUUUGCAAGAACCACCUGCAAUCAUGUUUUUAUUGCAGGAAUUACCUAAACAGAUGAGAAAACUCACUUUGGCCUUUUGCCACCAGCUGCAGUCCAGAUUCCUUGAUCAGUCACUAGGCGAGCAGAUCAUAAAGAAUCUGUUGUUUGUGGCUAAGGUCAUUUAUCUUCUGGUUCCUGGAGCUGAAAGCAGCAAGACAGAUGGUAAAGGAGAUGAAGAGAAUGAAGAAGAAAUAAUCAGUGAACAGCUUAAUGAAUCAGACGGCAAAGGUGAAAGUGAGGUAGCAGAGGAAGAAGAAGAUGGAGACAAAUCCCCUACACUGAUGUGGAUCUUUAAGAAACUUUCUAUACUGGCCAGAAGGGAAGCAGCUCGUACACCUAAGAAUCCUUUGAAGCGAUCGUGUAUUUUUAAGUUUCUUGGAGCUAUUGCUGUUGAUCUCGGAAAGGACAGAGUGAAACCUUAUCUUUCUACAAUCAUUUCUCCAUUGCAUAGAGAGUUGAACAGUACAUAUGCUGAACAAGACCCAACACUGAAGAACCUGUCACAGGAAAUUAUCGAGCUGUUGAAGAAGUUAGUUGGCCUAGAGACAUUUGCAUUAGCUUUCUCUGCUGUGCAGAAGGAAGCCAGCCAUAAGAGGGGGAUCAGGAAACAAAAGAAGGCCAUGCAGGCAGUGGCCAAUCCUGACAUUGCUGCUAGAAAGAAACUGAAGAAACACAAGAAUAAAAUUGAAGCAAAGAAACGAAAAAUAGAGUUUCUGCGACCAGAUUACAAGGCCAAGAAGAAAAGAAGCCACAUUUCAAAGGAAUUUACAGAAGCGGAAUGAAAGCACAAUCAUUAAUUUAUCAUGAGGAGUUAUGACUUUAUGAAUUUCCAGAAACUAUUUUACCAUGCUGUGAGGGACAGUUGGACUUUUUUAAAUAAUGUAAUGCUGUGAAAUUUUCAGCUGUUUGGGGAAAUCUCAUCCACUGCAUCCUAGAAUUACAUCAAAGUGCAAGAUGCUACAGCAUCACACUCACUCUACAGAGAGGUGUGGGAGUGAUAUAUAAGAUACCACUGGAGAUGUACAGUUAUGUUUCAUUCUAAAAAAGCAGCCUUGUCAGUGCUUCAUGGUCACUGAAAUGUACCUAUGUACAGUUCAAUGUACAAAAACUUUUACCUUUUAUAAUUAAAUGUACUAUAGAAAGGUGAGUUUUGUAUAUUAA